UGUCCCUCGGACACAGUGGAUCACGGAAAUAGCCGAAGAUGUCGGGGACAUGUACACUGAUCAUCAGGGGCACUGAUGAUCAGUGUGCCCUGAUGAUCAGUGUUGCCCCAGCAGUGCCACCUGUCAGUGCUCAUCAGGGCCUCGUGCCAGUGCCCAUCAGUGCCACAUAUCAGUACCCAUCUGAGCUGCCUUUCAGUGUCACCCAACAGUGCCAGUCAGUGCCAGCUAUCAAUGCCAAUCAGUGCCAGUCAGUGCCACCUAUCAGUGCCAGUCAGUGCUGCCUAUUAGUGCGCAUCAGUGAGGCCUAUCAGUGCCUGUCA